ACUUGAGCUGGCACUGUAGCACUGGCAGCUUACACCUUCGAUGCCAAGACAAGAACCUUCGAACAUUGUCACGUUUCUCUUUUUCAUUUCAUUUAGACAUUUACCUUUUUUAGCACCUACUCCAAACUUCACUUCCUGAUUCUAUUCAUUUUCAUAGCCAACCAAUCGACAGCCUGCCUCACACCUUCUACUCAGUCGCAGUCACACCCCUCUUUCUCUCUCCUCCACCACACCACAACCAUGUCAGUCUGCUGCUGCGGCGUCGAAUGCGUCGUAAUCAUUGGCUUUUCCAGAUGGCUAUGGAAGCGCUGCACAUACGUCGGCUCCAAUGACAGCGCUACAUGGCCAUCUGCAACCCCAGAUGAAUUCGAGCCAGUUCCCCGCCUUUGCCGUGUCAUCCUCGCCGUUUACGAACCAGAUAUCCGUAACCCCCAAUUCGCCCCACCUGGUGGGUAUCGACUCAACCCAGAUUGGCUUAUAAAGCGAGUAACGUAUGAGCAAACUGAAGGUCGUGCUCCGCCUUACAUUAUCUAUGCUGACCACCAGCACCGUGAGAUCCUGCUCGCUAUUCGCGGGCUUAAUCUGAUUAAAGAAUCGGAUUAUAAGCUACUGCUUGAUAAUCGGCUUGGAAUGCAGAUGUUUGAUGGUGGGUAUGUUCAUCAUGGGUUGUUGAAAUCGGCGAUUUGGUUGCUCAAUAGGGAGUCAGAGACGCUGAAGAAACUGUGGGUGGAUAAUGGAAGGUGUUAUAAGAUGGUUUUUGUUGGGCAUUCUUUAGGGUCUGGUGUUGCUGCUUUGUUGGCUGUUGUUGUUGUGAAUCAUGGUCAUAAACUUGGGGGGAUUCCGCGGAAUCUUGUUACUUGUUAUUCGAUUGCUCCUGCGAGGUGUAUGUCGCUUAAUCUUGCUGUUAAGUAUGCUGAUGUUAUUCACUCUGUCAUACUUCAGGAUGACUUUCUACCCAGAACAGCCACUCCAUUAGAAGAUAUUUUCAAGUCAAUUUUCUGCUUGCCCUGUUUGAUGUUUUUGAUUUGCUUGAGGGACACCUUCAUCCCCGAAGAAAGGAAGCUUAGAGAUCCAAGAAGACUAUAUGCUCCUGGACGAAUGUACCAUAUUGUAGAAAGGAAAUUUUGCAGAUGUGGAAGGUUUCCUCCCGAAGUCAGAACUGCUAUUCCUGUUGAUGGAAGAUUUGAGCAUAUUGUGCUGUCCUGUAAUGCUACAUCUGAUCAUGGGAUUGUGUGGAUCGAAAGAGAAGCAGAGAAAGCUUUACUAAGGAUGAAAGACAGCAGCACAGAGACUGUAACAAGUCCGCCAAGAGUGCAGAGAUUUGAGAGGUUGCAGACAAUUGAAAAAGAGCACAAGGAUGCUUUGGAAAGAGCUGUAAGUCUGAAGGUGCCUCACGCUGUAUCUUUGGAGAAAGAACUUGAGAAGCCGGUGUCCCUCGAGGAGGGAGCUGUACGUUCAUCGGAAGAUAAGCCAACAGAGGAGUCCUCAAGACCCCUACCAAGAUCGAUUGGUGAGAGAGCUACUUGGGACGAAUUAGUAUCGAAGCUCUUUAAAAAGUCAGAAGCUGGAGGAAUGAAUUUACACAGAAUUGAAGGUGCUUCAAAGUCACCAGGCUCCCAAAAUUCUUAAUAUUUGACCAAUGCACUAUCAUAUAUUGUUUUUGCCAUGAGUUUGUAAAUUGUUUCAUGUACAUUGCAUAGCCUUGAAUGAUUGUAUAAUUGUUAACGAUUGUAGACUGUAUAAGUGUAUAUUAAUAGUGAGAACACGACGAUCCUUGUGAAUGUUGUCUUCAUUCAAUUUUUGACUCGUGCAGCAUUUGGCAAUGUGAAUGCUUGUUAA